AUGCCGUGCCAGGACAUCAAUGUCGACACUGGCGUGCUAUUUGAAUUGAACAAGUGUCAGCGUCGAGGGGAAACAGCGUCGAAGCUGUCGCCUCCCCUUCCACCCAUUCGCCUGACCCUACCUCGUUUUCAGGCACUGUUGUACAGCAUUUGCAUGUCCUGCCACUCCGCUCUCAAAACUCAAAAUAUUAACACUUUAACGCCAAGUUUUUUAUCCGGCUGCCGGAAACAGACAACACAGUGCACACAAACACAAAUACUAGCGCACCAGUACAACGGUGGCGGCAGCAACAAAACGCCAUGUUGGAUUAUUCAACUCGACGCCAUUUCGCGUCACAAUGCGCGCUAUGCGCCGCCAUCAUUGCACCCGACAGCAAACGGCACACGGCAGCAGCAACAGCAGCAAGAACAAUACCAACAGGAAUAGCAACACCAAAAGCUACAGCAACAACCACGAGCUACGGCGGCCCACACGGCGGAUGAAGUUGCAAUUCAAAGUCAUAAACACGUGGAGCGUGGGCGCAAAGUCUCAGCUAAGCCGCGAAGCAGGCGCUGCCACUGA